UCUGAGGACAUUGACCAGAAACAGCCUGUGUGCGUGAGGAACAAGAUGGAGAACAUGUUGCUGUUGUUGUUGUUGACGACGAUGGCCGCAACCCAAACGUCUGCUCGGCGCAGCGGAGGACAAGUUAACUAUUGGACCACAGCUUCCCCAGCCAACAAUUUAAACGGGAAGAUGAUCACGUUGUCGUCUGAUGGUUUCGGCGGCAUUUCCUUCUACCCGCCGAAUUACUCUUUCCUCCAUAAGAGCAAUUGGCUCUACCCCAACAGAGCCCCUCGCAACUGGUACUCGCCCACUAUCUAUCCGACUGCUACCUAUCCGAGCGGGUAUCCCUGGACGACGUCCUCCUACCCGAGCUGGACUACACCGCCCACAACUACAGGUGUGACAGUGUGUUUACGCUAUCUGCUGGACCCUGACAGCAACAACAUCUUCACCCUCAGCCCGAACAGCCCAGACGCUUUGACGUUGACGUCAUAUUAUGACGGCAACGGCUACAGGCUGACCUGGGGCCGCAGCUACCAGUCCGUCAGGUUGAGAGCUAACGUGAGGAUGUGGUCCCUCACAGACAACAUGUGGAACCGAAUAUGUCUCGUGGUGGAUUCCGUCAAGGGAUUCGUGCAGAUCUUCAAAGGAGGCUACAUGAGCAUCAGGAAAGGGAUGGUUCCCAAGUACGCAUGGUCUGGUGAGCCCAUCGUCGCUGUGUCAAACACAAACGGUCAGGUGACCGAUCUUCAGAUGUGGGAUUUUCCGCUUUCCUACAACGGCAUCCUCAACUACGUGGCUAGGUCAAGCUACGGUUGGCCCACCGGCUCGGUACUGACGUGGUCCAACAUCCGCUACUCGCUGACGGGGCGCGCCCUGGUGGAGGAUGUCUACGAACGACAGCAGGCGGCCAAGCGUGGCAAAAACAUCAAGAAGAUGCGCAAGAGCAAAAAAGAAGGCGCUAAAGAAAUUGUAACAGCUAAUUAGCCGUCCUGGCUGCAAUUGACGGUGAUAGAUGUCCAAUCCAUUUUGAACAAGAGGGUCAACAUUUCUGAAUUUAUUGUCUGUUACUUUAUGGAAAAUUUGGAGGAAAAAAAAAAAAUCGAAAUUUCAGGUCUGGUCCUGGAAAAAAAAAAUCAAUUUUAUGGAAAAUUUGUGGGAAAAUUUCCACUCAUUUCAGGUCUGAAACUUGAUAGGGCAAAAAAAAUGAUUGGUGAUUUGAACAUUUCAAGGUAGUUAUUGAACACAUUUAUGGAAAUUUGGUGAAAAUUUUGUAGUAAAUUUCUGACUUCAGAAAACUGAGAAUUUUCCGUGAACUUCUAAUUUUUACGCCUUUCUGAGAAGGUUCGGACAAUUUGGUGCAAAAUUUUCUGGUGGAUUUCAAAAUUUCAAGGUAGUUAUUGAAGAUGAUUAUGAAAAAUUUGCAGAAUUUUUUUUUUCAGUUUUUUUGGGCCAUUCGCUGAAAAGAUUGAAAUCGGAUUAAAAAUAACAGUAAAUAUCAGAAUUUGAAGAAAAAAUGGUUGAAAAUUUACGGUAAAUUUCAGAACUUCAGAAAACUUAGAAGAGAAUUUCUAGUGAACGUCUAAAUUUCACGUGUUUCUGAGAAAUUUUCAGGUAAAUUUAAAAAAUUUCAAGGUAGUUACUGAACACGACUACAGAAAUUUGGUGAACUUUUUGGGGUAAAUUUCAGACUUAACAAAACAGUUUUUCGGGUAAACUUUCAAAUUUCAUGUUUUUCAGAGAGUUUGGACAAUUUGCAGGACAUUUUUGAGUAAAUUCCAAAAUUUCAAGGUAGUGAACACGAUUAUGAAAAAUUUGCAGAAUUUUUUUUCAGUUUAUUCGAUCAUUUGCUGAAAACAUGGAAAUUGGACAGAAAAUUCCAGUAAAAUAUCUGAAUUUAAAAAAAGAUUUGGUGAAAAUUUACAGUAAAUUUUGGAAUUUCAGAAAAUUUAUAACAGAAUUUCUAGUGAACUAUUUCAUGUUUUUCUGAGAAAGUUUGGACAAUUUAGAGGACAUUUUCGAGUAAAUUUCAAGGUUGUUAUUUAACACGAUUAUGAAAAAAAAAAAUUCAAUUUUUUCGGUUAUUCGCUGACAAGGACGGAAAUUGGAUGAAAAAUUACAGUAAAGUAUCAGAAUUUGAAGAAAAAUUUGGUAAAAAAUUUACCGUAAAUUUCAGACUUCAGACAUUUUUUGAUGAGAAUUUCCUGUGAACUUCCAAAUUUCAUGUUUUUUUGAGAAAGUUUGGACAAUUUGGAGGACAUUUUUGAGUAAAAUUAAAAAUUUCAAGCAAAAAUUUGCUGAUUUUUUUUUCUUUCUGUCCUUCGCUCAAAAAAUGGAAAUUGGAUGAAAAAUUACAGUAAAUAUCAGAAUUUAAAGAUAGCUUUGGUGAAAAUUUACGGUAAAUUUCGGAAUUUCAGAAAACUAAGAGAAUUUCUAGUGAAAGUCUAAAUUUCACGUGUUUGAGAAUUUUUUUUGCAAAUUUUCCAUUAAAUUUCAAAAUGUUUUAAUGAGAACUUCCAAAUUUCAUGUUUGUCUAAGAAAGUUAAGUGAAUUUGGAAGAAAACUUCAAUUUCAAAAUUUCAUGAUACUUUUUGAACAUGUUCUUAAAGAAAAUUGCUAAAAAAAUGUCCAGUAAAUUUCAGACAUGAGAAUUUACAAGUCCGUCGUGCUUUCGGAUUUAAAUUUGGAGGAAAUGUUCCAGUAAAUAUCAAAAUGACUGAGCACAUUUAUGAAAAACGUCCAUCAAAUUGAAGAAUUUCAUGUCAAAAAAUUUGCAAGAAAUGUAUGGGAAAUUUUUCCCCAAAAAUUUUGCUAGAAGUUUUCUCUUAAAGUUUGGUGAAUGUUGGAAAUUUGGAUGAAAAACGAUUUUCUUGCAAGUUUGGCUGCCAAAUGGAUUGGACAUCUCCAAUCAUUCAUUGGUUUCAUUCAUGGGUCAUCUAAAUCUUACUAACAAACACAACACAGCCUUAAUUCUGUCAUAAUUCUUCACAAUGCAAAAAAAAAAUAACACUAUAUAAUCAAAUUUGAAAUCAUCAUACAUUUUUGUGUAAUCACUAAAAAGUGGAGAAUAAAUAAAACAUUGCAUGAAAAA